AAAACGAUGACACAGAGACAAGAAGGACACGAGCGCUGACACAUGACAGAAAUGAGCUUGUAGCGCUUGUAGCUCUGCAUUGUUUUACAGCCGUGUGACAAAAUGAAUAUCUUGCCCAAAAAAAGCUGGCAUGUUCGCACCAAGCGAAAUAUUGACCGUGUACGCAAGGAUGAAGCGCGUGCAGCCCAAGAGGAAAAGGAACUUCAGAGGAAGAUUCAGCUUGCGGUGAGUAGCACUGCCACGAACUUUUUUUUUCCUUUAUUCUGUCCAGCCGUCUUCAGUGAAGUAUUUCUGGACACAGUCAAGGUGAACUUCCUCGUCGAGGAUUGUCUCUGGAAUCCUGGAAGGUAUGGUUUCCACCUGGUCCUCACCUCACAAGUUGAAGCUAUGUACAAUAUUAGAGCUCGUGAGGCCAUACACUUCCAUGUUGCAAGUCAUACUGAGCACCAUUGUAUGUACUAUGUAACUUUUCAAGAAGCUUUUUUCAUGGAAAGUGUGCUGUUCCCUUCACCUAUUCUGUUUGUCCUCUUCCUUGUGCAUCAGCGAAACCUGCAUUCUAAAAAUGAAGAUCGUGAGAAAGAAAAGAAGGCUGAGCAGGAAGACUAUGAGAAAAAAAUAGGCCUUCUCACAUAUUUGGGACAGAGCUCAAGUGAAGCCUCUGGGAGCAAACCAUGGUUUGCCGAGUCACAUGAAGACCGCUUGCAGCUUCAUGAGAAGUCAGAAAAAGAAACAAGGGAUGCCAAGAAUAAAGACCGCAUAGACCCACUGCAUCUCAUGAAGCAUUAUGUCUCCUUGAAGUAUGAUUUGAAAGAAAACGGUCAGAAGAUCAAGAAGCUAAAUCAAAUUGCACAGAAAACAGAAUUACAUUCGAAGAAAGUAAAGCGCCUGGAUAAGCCACUGGAACAGCUGCGUGCUGAGAGGUUGGCUCGUGAGAAGGCAGAGCGAGCAAAGGCCGAGGAACUCCUUCGAAGAGCUCGGGGAGAGCUGCCAGUUCAGGACAAGUUGCAUGACGUCAUCAUGGAUGAUAGACGACGUGGCUACAACUCCCAGUACAACCCACACUUAGCCAAGCGUCCGCAGUGACUUGUUUCGAGUUUACGCCAUCACUUACUGGAUUGUAAAUAGGCGAUGUUGCUGUAUUGUUAAGCUGAAAAUACUUCAUUAAGAUGCAGCAUCUAUGUACAGUAUGCAUGAAUAGUAGCCAUGUGUGUAAAGGCUUACAAGUGGUGUUGCAAUGUAUUGUAUGUUGUUGGCAAUGAUUCUAUUCUAUGCACUUUGUGAAUGAAGGCUCCCUGGGUGCCACAGUGA